AUGGCGCCGUUCAACGAGCGUCAGCUGGAAAUUAUCAACCAGCAUCCUCUCAAGAGCGUUCUCGACGCGUUCCGCACCACCUUCAAGUCCACCCACCCCCGCAUGAGCUCGCAUAAUGUCGAAGCUUUCGAAAAGAUCGUCAGCGAUGACUUAGUUGGGAGAACCCAGGUGCUCCAGCUGGUGAACACACUCAUGACGCAUCCCACCGCCACUCUUCUACCGGCCUACGGUAAGGAUAAUGGCGCCCUUGUGGGCGAUAUGGGAACCCUCUACGGGCAACUUGCCUCCGGUGUGUCGGACAUCAAGCACACCGCCCGGCUCCUCCAGAACGUCAUAGCCGACGAGGACGACGCUACAAUCUGGGCGACCGCGUACAAGCUCAUCGGCGAUACGAAGCCGCCUCACUCUCCCAUCUCCUCGCAUCGACCGACGUAUCCAAAGACGCCUCCUCGAUCCGCACCUACGCGUUCAUUUAAGGAAACGCCCACCAACUUCCACUCGGGCAGCACCGUCGGCACAUCCGAACAGAGGAAGGAUAUAGACCCUCUUCUCAAUAACGAGGUGCGGAGGAAUCUCAUCUCCAAUCACCCAGGCAUCUUCGACGCAUUUUACGGCCGGGUUUCGCAUCUCGAAGAUGUUGCUAACGCAGUCUUUGACGCCUGCAAAAGCUCGGAUCCUCCCAGGUUCGUUGAGGGUACUGGUUGGACGGAUUGGUCAUCGACCUGUUCUGAAGAUGAGUUGCAAAAGACCGUGGCUUUCAACCAGCCAAGCGUCGAUCCCUCAUUGCCAGACCGAACGAAGCCCUUCGCGGCACCACCGACAAACCGGAAACUUGACGUCGGGAUCAUGACCGGCACCGCUAGCGAUUCGGAACCCGUGUGGUGGUCGAAUAUCCUCAUAGCCGGCGAGCUGAAGAGCAACCGCGGCAGAAGUACUUCACUUCAGGUUAGUUACGACAUUGCAAAGUAUGCACGGGAGGUCCUCUCAUCGCAAGACACACGACGUUUUGCUCUGGGCUUCACGCUGUGUGGAUCACUCAUGCGGCUAUGGGAGUUCGACCGGCUCGGCUGUGUGGGUUCCACUUUCUUUGACAUUCAAACCGAAGGGCAAAGAUUCGUGUCCGUAGUCCUUGGUUGGCUCUGGAUGAACGAUCAAGACCUCGGCUUCGACCCAACCAUAUCGAAACACGACGACGGCACCAAGUACCUGGACAUUCAGCGGAGCGGCAGGUCGGAGCGGAUCAGACUCGAGAGAACCAUGAUCAGGCAGCGCGUCAUCGCCGGUCGGGCGACCACGUGUUGGGAGGGACGGAUCGAGGGCGACAGCGAUGACAACAGCGACGGCGGCAGUGACGGCUCCCCCCAACGAGUCGUCGUGAAGGACUCGUGGGAAUACGAAGACCGCCCGGAAGAAGGCCCGCUGCUGGAAGAUGCCACCGCUGCCGGCGUCGACCAUAUAGCACGUCAUUACCACCACGAGACGGUACACGUGGGAGGGAUUCCCGACGACGUGAUCGGCAACAUUCGCAAAGAGCUUGGUCCUGGAGGGCGAAGCGAUUCCAAGUCUCACGACUCACAAGUAACCGCCAUCCUUACUGGCAGCUCCAGUCAACCGCAGAACAGGGGUGACAGCCGAGCUAGCAACAAAUCGCUGAAAAGGUCCUCGGACCAAACGACGACGUCGCAGUCUUCGAAGCGGCCACGUUUAGACCGACCGCCGAACCGGGUUCAUCGCCGCGUGGUCAUGCAGGACGUUGGAAAAGACCUUUACCGUGCCAGCAGUCUGAGGGCUAUGUUGACGGGACUUAUCGGUGGUCUUAAAGGACACGAAUCCUUGUUGGUCAAGGCCGGCAUCCUUCACCGCGAUAUCUCCAUCGGUAACGUCAUGUUGAACGAUGCCGAGGACGAUGGCUUCCUAAUCGACCUCGACCUGGCCAUUAAAAUGGACCGUGAGGAGGCUUCCGGAGCUCCGAGCAAGACAGGCACCAAGGUGUUCAUGGCCGUAGGCCCUUUGUACGGCGAGCCCCACCUUGGCGUGCACGAUAAAGAGUCGUUUUUCUGGUUACUGUUCUGGAUCGGUGUUCACUGGAACGGGCCCGAGGAAAGUGCUACCAGGUCAGAUGAGUACGACGCGUGGAACGGCGAGUCAACAAACAGGCUAGGGAUGGUGAAGAAUUCCUUAGCGACUGAGGUAGCCAAGUUCAGGGAGCGCCUGGAGGUGGCCUUUACUCCGUUUUGUCGGCCGCUGAUCCCUUUUCUGGAGGAGCUACGCGCCGUCGUCUUUCCCGAUAAGGAAAGACGUAAGGUCGAGGAUCCAGAGCUAUACGGGCAGAUGGUGUCAGUGCUGGAGAAGGCGAAGGAACGUGUGUAA